UGUUGUUGUAAGUGCUGGAGAAAUUACUUUGUCGGUGAUGGUCCGGUUUGGGAUUUUACGCUUAGUUCUACCUACGAAGAUGCUAAAAAGUUAGAAAUCGGUAAUUUUAGAAACGUACAUGAUUUUUACAAGGUGGCACUCGCAGGAAAACUAAAUGGGACGAUGAUAACAUCUGCGAGGCCGCUAAAGGUGUGGCUCAUAUAGUAGCUCCAGGUAGAGGGCUGCUCCACCUCACCCCUACCCUUGCUGCCCUGUCAGGGAGAGCAGACUACCUGUUUAUUUUCCUUUUCUUUUUUAAAAUAUUUUUUAUGCCCGGACGCAACCCGCCACCUUGUGAAUUCAUGAUCACAUGACCGUGGAUAUGGACGCAGUCCUGUCCGACUUUGUCCGUUCCACUGGAGCUGAACCAGGAUUGGCCAGAGAUCUGCUAGAGGGCAAGAACUGGGAUUUCACUGCUGCCCUCAGUGACUUUGAGCAGCUGCGACAAGUGCAUGCUGGGAACCUGACGUAUUCGUUCACAGAAGAGCGGACGUAUCUGCUUCCCGAAAAGGAGAUGGCCAGGGUAGGACGGCCUAUACUUCACCGCCAAGAUGAAGUGGUGCAAGCUACGGAGAAGCGUCUGUCGAGAGGCAUUUCUCACGCUAGUUCAACCAUCGUCUCUCUGGCCCGCUCUCACGUCUCCAGCACUGGUGGUAGCAGCAGUGAGCCACUUCUGGACACGCCGCUGUGCACUUUCCAACUCCCAGACCUCACAGUGUACCGGGAUGACUUCCGUGGCUUCAUCGAGAGGGACCUAAUCGAGCAAUCCAUGAUGGUGGCCUUGGAGCAUGCCGGGCGACUGAACUGGUGGACAAAAGUAGUCCCAAACUGCCAGAGUCUGCUGCCUCUGGCAACAAGUGGAGAUGGAAACUGCCUGUUACACGCUGCCUCGCUCGGUAUGUGGGGCUUUCAUGACCGAGACUUGAUGCUACGGAAGUCCCUGUAUGCGCUGAUGGAUCACGGGUUGGAGAGGGAGGCACUGAAACGUCGGUGGAGGUGGCAGCAGACCCAGCAGAACAAAGAGUCCGGUCUGGUGUACACGGAGGAGGAGUGGCAGAAAGAGUGGAAUGAACUGUUAAAGCUUGCCUCCAGUGAGCCGAGAAUACACUACAGCACCAACGGCACUAACGGGGCGGAGUCGUCAGAUGAGCCAGUUUAUGAGAGUUUAGAGGAGUUCCACGUCUUUGUCUUGGCUCACGUGCUCAGAAGGCCCAUCGUGGUGGUGGCUGACACCAUGCUGAGGGACUCAGGAGGAGAAGCCUUUGCUCCCAUCCCGUUCGGAGGCAUCUACCUACCACUGGAAGUGCCAGCUGCCAAGUGCCAUCGCUCUCCCCUGGUCCUGGCAUAUGACCAGGCGCACUUUUCUGCCCUAGUCUCCAUGGAGCAGAAGGACAGCUCCAAAGAGCAAGCAGUUGUGAUCCCUCUCACUGACUCAGAGCACAAAAUGCUGCCCCUGCACUUUGCUGUGGAUCCGGGGAAGGACUGGGAGUGGGGAAAGGAUGACACAGACAACGUGAUGCUAGCAAGUGUGGCUCUUUCUUUGGAGGCCAAGCUCCAGAUGUUGCACAGCUACAUGACGGUCACUUGGCUGCCCCUGCCCUGUGAGCAAGCCCCACUGGCCCAGCCAGAGUCUCCCACAGCAUCGGCAGGAGAGGACACCCGAACGCCUCCUGACUCAGGAGAGUCAGACAAGGAGUCAGUCAGCAGCAGCUCCAACGGCAACGGAGACGCGACCACAGGAUCAACGGUCAACGGAAGCGGUUCCUUGGCCAAGAACUGCUCUUCUUCCUCAUCUAGUUCCUCCAGCAGCGGAUCGACAGGAACAGCAGGGAAGGACAAAACCAAGAAGGAGAAGGACAAAGAAAAAGACAAGAAAAGGGCAGACUCUGUGGCCAAUAAGCUUGGCAGCUUUGGCAAAAGCCUGGGCAGCAAACUGAAGAAAAACGUGGGCGGACUGAUGACAGGAAAGAACGCUGGAGCUGCAGGUGCCAAGCAGGAGGGUGGGGAGAAGAAGAAGGGCUCUUUUAGGGGGAGGAAGGGCAGCAAGGACAGCUCGCCUUCAGCCCACGCCUCAGAGGAUUCUGGGAAGGGCUCCCCUUCCUCAGGUAGCGAGCGUCUCAAUGGAACCGGGAGCAGCAUGAGCAGCAGUGGUGGAAGCAGCACAGAGAGCGAGACCUACAAGUACAGUGCUGAUGUCAAAGUCAGCCUGGGGAUCCUGCGAGCCGCCAUGCAAGGUGAGAGGAAGUUCAUCUUUGCUAGCCUUCUCACCACCAGCAACCGGCAGCCUUUCCAGGAGGAGAUGAUCCAGCGCUACCUCGCCGAUGCAGAGGAGCGCUUUCGGGCAGAGCAAGAACAACAGCGGCGUGAUGCGGAGAGGAAAGGCGUCACUAACAGCAUCCAGCCACCCAAGAAGGAGGUGGUCGGUAUUACAGAGCUAAGUUACCGGCCUUAUGAGGCCAAAGAGGAGCUGUCGGAGAACUCGUCACCUUCCUUCAACCAACUCAAGGCAACUCCUUUGAGUCCCUCUAUGUACUCUGGUGUUGUUCCCAUCCCCCGGCCGUCCUUCAUAGACCAACCUCCUGCUGCAGCACCCCUAACCCAGCAUCUUCAUAUGCACGGCUACUUGGAUACUCGACGCCAGCUAGCUGGUGGCUCCCCAGCAACCUCUUACCCUGGCCUCCCCUCAUACGCAACCCUCCCCCGGCACAUCCCCACAGCACAGGGUCCCUCCCAUCCCCAGUACAAUAACUUACAAGGCCCCUCCUCUCUGAGUCCCUCUCGUCUCGCACCCUCAUACCCCCUGGAGUUUGACCCACCGGACUACCCGGGGGCGGAGACCGCUGGUGGGAACUACACUAACGGGUUCCGGGACAUGAGCUCCAACCUAGACUCUCGGAGCGGGCAGCCCCCUGUCAGACACUACUCACUGGGCAGCGCUGGCGGUUUGGCCAGCCUGCAGUCCAGCCGCUGCCGGACACCCAGCUGCACCUACUACGGACACCCCGAGACGGGCAACUACUGCUCCUACUGUUACCGGGAAGAGUUGAAGAAGAGGGAGACAGAACCAGCCAUCCACAGGUUCUGAACAGACUUCGUUGUGGCUUGAAUUUGAUGAGUGGCCUUUUUCAGUUAAAAACAAUACCAACCGGAGCAGAUCAGCCUCUGAAAGGACCAGGGAAAGGCAACCAUCUCCCUCCCUUUUUAGCUGUCAUUUCCUGUUGAAACUGACGAGAGAGUCGACAAGACUACAAAGUAAACAGGGUGGUUUCAGACUUCUGGUUAGACCAUAGAGUAAACUAACUGCACUUCUGUUACAUUUUGCUGUGGCUGUUAUGCAGACGUGUAUGAGUGAGUGUUUGUGUGUGUGAACUACAGGCUCUCCUCCCUCUUAGAGUUGAAUGCCUUGCUACUGUCUCCUCCAAGUGGAGAGAAUGUAUAUGGCAAGCAACAUGCACUCAUUAACACACAUACAGACCAUGCACAUAUAGAUACACUAAUUCAGACUCACACUACUACACCCCAGUGAUGCAAGCACAAACAGAACCAGUGUCUGUGAUAAAGUUGGACCGGUUAGCUAAGGGAUAUUUGAGCAUUUUAGGUCACUUUGGGUUGGGGUAAGUUCAGUGUUAUACGGAUAUUACACUAUUGUUACUAGAUGCUUGCGUCAUACAUACCUCGGGAAACAGCAGAAAUAAUCCUUGCCGAAUUGCUUUCUCAUCAGUAAUCGUUUGCAGAAUGCAAAUUCAAAGUACCGUGCAAUGCUAACGAUUAAGCGUUCUGUGGGCUGCUGUGGUGCUAAUAUUAUAGAAUGCAAACACAUAAAUGCCCAUGACACUCCUGCUCUGCACUGUUAGACGCAUCUUUCCGGCAAAACGAAUAUCACAUAAAGAUUCUACAUGUGUGUCCAUCUGUAAAUUGGAUUAUGAAGAUGUCAGCCUUUUAAAGUUUAAGAGCUAUUGACCAGGUCACCUUAUUGAUCAGGCAUUUUAAGAACAAUACAAUAUAGCAACAUAGCACUACAGUAAGACACUAUUCCCAGAGCCUGACCCAGAGUAUUUAAAUGUUGGUUGAAAUGUUUCUUUCUUAGUUGGGUCUUCCUGUUUCUGUGACAAUAGUUUGUGUUUAAGGCAUUUGACACAGUUCAGGGUCAAAAAUUUAUGUUCUGCUCAGCAGAUUUUGGAGACAUCAGUCAUAUUUUGCCAAGAAAUUAAAUUAUUGAAACACAUUUUGGGAUUUCAGACAGGUCAAGUGUUGGUAUAGCUUAUUUUCUAGCGGCAGCAUCUUUUUUGCGUUGUUCCCAAAGAGGAGAGGGCGUAUGCGACCAUUUUGUGAAAAACGCUUAAGCCUUUUAUCUUUAUUUUAGAGCACAUUGCCUUUUUUUGCAACUGCUCCUAUUUGAAUAUUAGAAACUUUCAGAAAGGUGCUGGAGUUGUCACCAGUGCUGCGAUGAUUAAUUGAUUAGUCACCAAUUGAUACAUAACUGUUUUGAUAAUAGAUUAAUUGGUUUAAUUAUUUAAUUUUAUUGUUUUUAAGUACAAAUUUUCAGACACCACCUUUUUAAAAUUUGAUUACUUUCUGGUUUCUUUUCUCUGAAAGUAAACUGAAUAUCUUUGGGUUGUGGACAAAACAGUUGUCAUCCUAGGCAUUGGGAAACGCUAAUCAACAUGUUUUGACAUUUUGUAGACCAACCUUGUAAUCAAUUAAUCAAGCAAACAAUCGGCAGGUUAAUUGACAAUGAAAGUAAUUCUUGGUCACAGCCAAUGAUAUCUGGCAGGGUCUGUUUAUCCUGAGAUGUCAGAUGGAAAUUAUCAAAAGGAGGAGUGAUGCUAGUCCAGAUAUUAUCAUAGAAACAAAACUCACACACAAAGUUUUGAUGAGGCGCUCCCCAGCGUCUUGCCAGAGAAAAAUGUUACAUGAACUCACCCUUAGUUGCCCCUGAGAGCAAAAUUAUUGAUCUGUUAUUAAACAAGUGGCAUAAAGUUGGUCUAAAUCAGUGGCAGUUGUCUCCAAUUUCUGUUUGCAUGAUGCAAAGUGACACUUGCACUCUGAAAGUCACUGUUAAGGAAUGACAAACAUUCUGCGCUGUUACAGGUUUGAAAUGUUUCACACAAUCUCCACAUCACCCUAAAUGUGACUUUAAAGUCACAUAUCAAUGGUGUCUGAACUACCAAGACGGCUUUUUACUUCUUGGUUUGAUCCUUCACUGCAAACACGAGGUUCUACUGAAGGCGGUCUGUUCAUUUCUGGCAUUCGUUCCACCAAAUCCACUCAGUUUUUGCACAAAUUCAAGCACUUUCCUGAUGUCUGUAGAUACAAAACGUUUCACUGUUUUGAAAGUGGUCUGCCACUCGUCCCCUGAUCUUCUCUGCAGACACUGCCACCUCUGUUUUCUGGGAAAUCAGGGCCACAGGCCAGAAGGUCAUCCUUCUUUAAAGGAUUCCGUUACUGUAGAGCUACAGCAUUUUGGUGCAAGUGUCACCAUCGAACUCAGUGUCCUAGUUGCCUUUUUCAGCAUUUUGUCCUCAUACGCUGUGGAAGACUGAUAUUAAGUAUCCACUGCUUGCUUCAAUGCGUGCAGCUUUCUCUACUACUGCCCCCAAAAUAAUAAUUACUUUUGAGAAUUAAUUUACAUUAAAGCUUUUGAGAUAAUGCCAAUAUCCUUUCCAGGGAGGCAUAUAAUUCAGUUGGCACCAGCUCAUGUUCCAUUUGAAUCUUUACUUCUAAUUUAAGCCUGUUUUGCUGUUACUGAUGUCAAAAUGACUACUACAUUACUUCAAUAAGUUAUUGCUUUCCCUGUGAUAAGCCAUUAUGAGCAAGUUCUUUGAAGGAACAACUAGUUGCUCUGCUCUUGUGGAUCCAAUCUUUUCUUUGGUAUUAAAUCUACUAGAAAAGCACAAUUUGGUAUGCAAUUCACUGCCUUGCCCAUUUGGGGGCGCUCUUGUUUUGUUUUCAAUUUUAACUAAAUGUUUGGCCCUGCUGUCUUGCUAUACCACACACCAAAAUAACCAAAAUGGGAAUGAUUGCCAGUAGUACUAAUUUAACACUAUGUUACACUACAGUACAAUAUUUUCUGUGUCGCUAAAGCUGCUCAAGGAAGGAGGGAAUCCUUUGCUGUGCAUUUAAACUGAAACUAGAGUUUUAACCUCAAUACAACACUUAAAUCUCACUAUUCUCACCUGCCCAAAAAAAACAUUUGCAUUUGCUGUGUUUGUGUUUUGACAUGUGCACAUGCACUUCGAUUUUAUUUCAGACCUUUCAAAUGCCCCCUUAGCUAGGGAAGGUGACGCCUGUUUUUAAAAAUGUGUAUGUGUGCAUUCUCUUUUUCCCUCCAAAGUAAUAAUUAGCUGACAAACCUUUUUUAUUAUUAUUUGCAAUGAAACGGAUGCCUCAGAAACAUUAGACUUUACAGGCUACUAACACUUUUUUGUAUUUAAUAAAAAAGCAGUGAGAGGUUCUAUAAAUAUGUUCCGAGUUAUUUUUGUAAGCCCAAAGUUUUACAGUGUUUUUAAAAGGGUAAGAAUGUAUAUUGUUGGAUACUAAAAAUGGUAUUGAGGAUAAGCUUGUAAGAGCCUGGAUUUGGGGUAGAAUUGGUGUUAACCAGAAUAAGGCGGUUGAAAGUGACCCCCACACGGGCCUUUUGAUACUUGAGGCUCUCUCAUUGCAAACUAAUUUCCUCAAUGCUGACCUAACAAUUUGAGAAUAUAUAUUUAUAGUGAGAUUUUUUAAUAGGUUUCCUUGUGGAAUGUUUAGUUGAGAUGAUUUAGGAUGUUCUUUCUCACAUGGCUAAUUGUCUAGCAGUCUGGCUUUUAUUUGUUUGUUGCUUUUUAUUUUUUGAUUUGUACUUUUUUUUCCUGCAGCCACCAAUCCGUGCUCUGCUAAAGCAUGACAGAAAUGUUUGCGCUGACCCGGCUCAUUUCCUCCAAGAAAGAAGAGAAAUGGCUCAGAAUUGCGGCACAACCGACCUGAUAUAUUUUUCUAUAUUGUACGACACUGUCAUUUCUGUGGGAACAGAAUAUUCAUCAUCAGUAACAUUAACAUGGAAUAUUUCGAGUUGCAUGGGACUGGAACUGUUGCAUGUAAAUGGCAAACCAUUCUACCAAAUUUGUGCAUUAUUUUAAGUUGAUUUUAAGUUGUCCUGGUAUUUUGAUCUGUUUUUUUUUUUUUUUUUAAAUUGUUUUAUGUUUUUCUUUUUUUUUUUGAGAGGAGAGCCCUAAGGCUGUGACAGUGCAAUCUGGAUAGAAAGAACAUCAGAUUUUAUGUUAGGUUAUUAUUAUUAUUAUAAUUAUUACAUUUUUUUUUGCACCGUUUGAAUAAAUUCUCAUCGUAUUUCAAGAA